GGAAUGCGUUCCGAAGGUUACUAAACAAAGCUCACCAACUAUUAUGUCGAGUGUACAUCACACAGAUUCUCUGGCUCCAAAAUGGCGGCCUGACUUCGUUUUGUCUCUAUUUACGGACCUUGGGCUGUACGAGUCUAAUCUCGGCUCAGCUGGUCACAUACACAUAUAAAAACUUUGUGCAUAUGUAGUAAUACGAAAGUCAGGAGUGACCACGUUUUUCAGCACUAGACUGAUGGCACGUGUUACAUUUUGUCACGUUGUAUUACAUUGCUACACAUUACGUAGGGUUUAAAUUGAGAAUAUUUUUAAAAAGAUAAAAGCCUAAGUGACUUAGAAAAAAAUUGAAGCAAUGGAUCACCAUAGUAUGCGAAUGAUGGAAGAUCUUCCAGUGAAUGGAACAAACAUACCUAGUGAUAUUGUUAAAAGCAAUGGACAAAAAAAGGCUACAGCUUCUUCAUCAUUUAACAAGUUGAAAGUGGAAAUGCAAACACUGCAGAUACCAGAAGAAUCUGAACGACAGCUGUACGAUACUCUUAAAUAUAUUUAUGGAACUAAAUUCAAACUUUCUGAUGCCUCUGAAUAUGAGAAUAAGAAGUCAAACUUAAACAAACAAUAUUGGAUGGAACGUGGCAAUUUGGUUGUAAAAGGAAUAGUGGAUUAUUCUUCCAAAGACACAAUUCCUAAAAAUGAAGAGCAAAUAAUAAGGGAAUUUGCAACUUCCAAAUUGGAGAGUUAUGGUUUUCAUGCCUCACAUUGUACAGAAGCUUUAAUGCAUACGGAUGGUGAUUUAGGUAAAGCUUUAGAAGUAUUAUUCUAUAAAUAUUAUGGAAUUGAGGAUAUUCCACAAAAUAAGGAUUCUGAAAACGUCGAUGAAGCAAAUCUAUUGGAACAACUAUGUGAGGAAAAAGAGAUAAUGGAAUCUAUAUAUGGUGAUGCCUUUCACGAAAAAAUAAAAAAUCGUAUUUGGACAGUACAAUUAAAAUUAAAUUAUUUAAUAAAUAAUCAAGAAAUUGUGGAAGUAGUAGUGAAAGAAAAAAAAGAAAAGGAAAGGGAGAUAUGUCGACUUUUUCUACGCAAUAAAUGCAGGUUCGCCGAUAAAUGUAGAUUUCUACAUCAACUGCCAAAGAAAGUAUCAAAUGCUCCCAUUCAAGAAGAUCCAUGUUUUACAUUAGAAAUAAGAUUUCCUGAAGGUUGUAAAUAUCCAUACGAAGCGCCAUAUUUUUAUAUUUAUAAGAACGAUAGGACAUUUCCACGCAUAAAUUGUUUAAGAAUAGCAAGGAAAUUGUACGACCAUGCAUUAUCAUUAGCUAAUCAAGGUUUACCAGCAUUGUUUUCUAUAAUUUCAUUGUUGGAAUAUGAAUACGACAUUAAAACAUAUUUGGAAGAAAAUAGAGAACAGUUUUUGGAUCAAUAUGAGCCGUUAUUCCCGAAGGAACAAGAAUAUGAGGGAGAAGGAAAUGCAGCUAGUCAUUAUAAACUUGGCAGCACUAAUAAAAAAAGUAAAGAUUAUAUUUCCUGGGAAGAGAUUAUCAAAGAGGACGAUUUGAUAGAAAAAAGAUUUAAAGAGAAACAGAAGAACGCCAACUACAGGAAGAUGAAAGAGACACGAAAGAAAUUACCUGUCUGGUCUAAUAUGACUGAAAUAUUAGAAACUGUACAGCAGAAUCAGGUUGUAAUUAUUUCAGGUGAAACCGGAUGUGGUAAGAGCACUCAGGUACCGCAAUUUAUUUUAGAUGACUGGAUUAUUAACAGAUCACAGUCAGAGGAUAAACCUCACGUGAAUAUAAUGUGUACUCAACCCAGAAGAAUAAGCGCCAUAGGAGUCGCAGAACGAGUGGCAGCCGAAAGGGACGAGAGUAUCGGAGGUAUUAUCGGUUAUCAGAUACGCUUAGAAAGUAAGAUGUCCAGUAAAACAAGACUGACAUUUUGCACCACGGGGAUACUGCUGCAGAGAUUAUCCGCAAAUUUCGAGUUGCCAGACGUAACUCACGUCGUAGUCGACGAAGUGCAUGAGAGAAGUGCUGAGAGCGAUUUGCUGCUGAUGCUUUUAAAGGAAUUACUUCUGAAAAGGCCGACCUUGAAAGUGAUACUGAUGAGCGCAACGCUCAAAGCCGACUCAUUUUCCUCGUACUUCGAGCAAGCACCAGUCUUAAAUAUCCCGGGAUUUACUUUCUCUGUGGAGCAAAUCUUUCUUGAGGACGCACUUGAAAGAAUAGGAUACGUUGUCGAGGAAAAUUCCAAAUUCACACGUACGAUCAAGGGUGGUUGGGAUCAGCUUGAAAUCGAUUUGGAGGUUGCUGAUAUCGAGGGAUUACCUGCCAGUUCUCCUAAAGAAUCUAUCCAGGACGAGAAUUUGACAUUGAAGCAACUCGUCAGCAGAUACCAUGGUUAUUCUAGACAAACGUAUAAAAAUUUAUACGUUAUGGAUCAUAAAAAGAUAAAUUUAGAAUUAAUAGAGAAGAUUCUAGAGUGGAUUGUUUCUGGAGAACACGAUUAUCCCGCAACGGGUUCUAUCCUAGUGUUCCUGCCAGGCUUUGCCGAGAUUCUCACUUUGAAAGAUCAGCUAUACGAAAACAAGAAUCUCUCACCAAAGACUAAGCAAUUCGUCGUCGUUCCGUUACAUUCGAGUCUCUCGAGCGAAGAGCAAAAUCUCGUGUUUCAGAAAACCAAAAACGGCGUCCGUAAAAUUGUACUCAGCACUAAUAUAGCCGAAACAUCUAUCACCAUAGAUGAUUGCGUCUUCGUGAUCGACACAGGAAUGAUGAAGGAAAAUAGGUUUAAUUCGGGCUUAAACAUGGAGAGUUUAGACACCUGUUGGGUGUCGCGAGCGAAUGCUAUGCAGAGAAAAGGUCGAGCUGGUCGAGUGAUGCCCGGAGUCUGCAUUCACUUGUAUACUUCAUAUAGAUUUAAGUAUCACUUAGCCGGGCAACCUGUACCUGAAAUACUGAGGAUUUCUCUGGAACCGCUGCUUUUACGUAUUCGGUUUAUGUAUAAAGGGAAAAAGAUGGAUCUUCAUAAGACAUUAGAAAAGAUGCUGGAACCACCGACACACGAGAAUAUCACGAACUCGAUAAAACGCUUGCAGGAUGUGGGUGCGUUUGAUUCGAGAUGCAUGCUAACGCCGCUUGGUCAUCAUUUAGCUGCAUUACCUGUCAAUGUAAAGAUCGGAAAAUUGAUAUUGUUCGGUGCAAUUUUCUGCUGUUUGGAUUCAGCACUCACUAUCGCAGCCUGUUUAUCGUACAAAAAUCCGUUUUAUGUUCCGUUUGAAAAGAGACACGAGAUUGAUCCCAAGCAAGAUUUCUCCGUAGCUAACUCGGAUCAGUUAACCGUUCUGAAGGCUUACAAGGAAUGGUUAGCUGUACGUUCGCGCAGUGCUCAAGCUGCCCAAGUGUUUGCCAAUUCGAACUACUUAUCCGUGCAAACCUUUCAUACUUUGGCGGAUAUAAAGUAUCAGUUCCUAGAGUUGCUGGUGUCAAUCGGCUUUGCACCUGUCAACUUACCCAAGAGACGACCGAAUAUUGAUAACAUCUUAGAGAUCACUGGACCUGAAUUAAAUGUCAACAAUGAGAAUUACAAGCUACUGCAGGGUCUCCUCUGCGCGGCGUUGUAUCCCAACGUAGUAAAAGUUUUCACACCGGCAAAGUCGUUUCAAGUACAAUCAGUUGGUGCGGUUCCUACCUUGCCUAAACCAAAGGAGUUGCGCUUUCAAACCAUGGAUGACUGUUUCGUCUAUAUACACCCGUCGUCUGUCAAUUUCCGCAUCGGACACUAUACGAGCCCAUAUCUGGUGUAUCAGGAGAAGAUCAAAACUAGCCGAGUUUACAUCAAGGAAGUCUCUAUGAUCCCAAGCUUACCGUUAUUGUUGUUUUCCGGUUAUCAGUUGAACAUGGAGUUACACAAUGAUACAUUUAUCCUUUCCUUGGAGGAUGGCUGGAUUAUGUUUGUUGUAGAGUCGCAUAGGGUGGGUCAACUCUUACAACGUAUAAGAAUAGAAUUAGCAAACUUGUUAGAACAAAAGAUGCAGGAUCCUCUCUUAAAUCUUUUAAAUCACCAGGAGGGCAAACAAAUUAUACGUACGAUUGUAAAUGUAAUAACAAAAACAUAGACAAAUGUAAAGUAUUUUAUGUGAAUAAUUGUUUGCCUAGAUAACAUGGAUGAGAGCGUUUUUUACCUGGACAAUUUACUGUGAUAAGCUAAUUGAUACAUUGAAUCAUUAAUUCUAGUAUGUUGUUUAUAUAU